CCUUCGCAGUGUUCAGCCCACAGCCGGGUCCCGAGGAGCCCGCGAGCCACCAAGUCCGCUCGCGGCUUUCACGUCUUCGCCUUCCGUGAGUUGCCGAGAGCUACCAUGUUCAACCAGCAACUCCAGCAGCAGCUGCAGCAGCAGCAGCAACAGCUGCUGCAGCUUCAACAGCUGCUGCAGCAGUCCCCAGCACAGGCACCCUUGCCGAUGCCUGUCAACCGGGGCCUCCCCCAGCAGUCAGCCCAGCAACAGCUUCUGAAUCUCCAGGGCCUCCACUCCACCGCCCUGCUCAAUGGCUCCAUGCUGCAAAGAGCUUUGCUUCUGCAGCAGUUGCAAGGACUGGACCAGUUUGCAAUGCUACCAGCCACGUAUGACAGCACCAGCCUCAACGUGCCUACGGCAGCAUUGGGCAACCUCCGUGCUUACAACAUGACAGCCCCAAGCGUGGCAGCUCCCAGCCUUACACCUCCUCAGCUGGUCACCCCGAACCUGCAACAGUUCUUUCCCCAGGCCACUCGCCAGUCUCUGCUGGGCCCUCCUCCUGUUGGGGUCCCAGUAAACCCUUCUCAGGUCAGCCACUCAGGGAGGAACUACCAGAAACAGUCCAGGAACCACUCUUCCACCACCCCCAAUCGCAAGAAGCAGGAUUCUUCUUCCCAGACGGUGCCUCUGGAAGACAGGGAAGACCCCACAGAGGGGUCUGAGGAAGCCGUAGAGCUCCAGAUGGACACACCUGAAGACCAAGAUUCACUAGUCUACCCAGAUGAUAUGGUGAGUGAGCCCCCAGAGCCUGAGCCCGAGCCCUUUGAGCCUGAGCCCUUUGAGGCAUUGGAACCACCAGCCAAGAGGUUAAAGAGCUCAGAGAAAGGUGCUACAGGGCAGCCACAAGCAAAGGUCCAGCCUCUUGUUCAGAUGACAGCACUGAAGCAGACACAGACCCCAGAUCAGCUGCCUGAGCCACCAGGAGCCUCAGUGCUGCCAUGUUUCCAGCCACAGGCUCCGCAGAUGCAGCCAAAGCUGCAGAAGCAGGCACAGACACAGACGUCUGCAGAACACUUAGCACCAGAGCAGAAUCAGGUGUCCACCCAAGCACAACCCCAGGAGCAGACAUCAGAGAAGACCCUGGAGCAGCCUCAAACCUGGCCACAGGGGCCAGUACCUCCAGCAGAACAAGCAUCCGUUCUGGCCUGUACCACAGAACCACAGCCGUCACCUAAUGCUGCAGAAGCUGGGAGAGGCCCAGAGGAGGCCUUGGAAGAACCAAUAAGUGCUCAGGGCAGUGAAGACACGAGCCAGGAGGCGUCAGCUGGUGGCCUGGAUGUGGGAGAAUGUGAAAAAAGAGCAAGAGAAAUGCUUGGGAUGUGGGGCGCUGGGAGCUCCCUGAAGGUCACCAUCCUGCAGAGCAGCGACAGCCGGGCUUUCAACACCACAUCUGGACCUCGCCCUGGGGACUCUGCCUCCGCCACCCCUGCCCUUGCGAGCACACCCUCCAGGCAGAAUCUCCAGUUCUUCUGUUAUAUCUGCAAGGCCAGCUGCAGCAGCCAGCAGGAGUUCCAGGAUCACAUGUCAGAGGCUCAGCACCAACAGCGGCUUGGGGAAAUGCAGCACUCGAACCAGACCUGCCUGCUGUCCCUGCUGCCCGUGCCGCGGGACAUCCUGGAGAGAGAGGCCGAAGACCCUCCACCAAAACGCUGGUGCAGCACCUGCCAGGUGUACUAUAUAGGAGACCUGAUCCAGCACCGCAGGACACAGGAACACAAGAUUGCCAAACAGUCCCUGAGGCCCUUCUGCACCAUAUGCAAUCGUUAUUUCAGGACCCCUCGGAAGUUUGUGGAGCAUGUGAAGUCUCAGGGUCACAAAGACAAAGCCAAGGAGGUCAAGACAUUUGAAAAGGAGGUAGCCAGCCCAGAUGAUGACCACUUCAUCACAGUGGAUGCCGUGGGCUGCUUCGAGAGUGAUCAAAAAGAGGACGAGGAUGAUGACGACGAUGAUGAAGAGAUUGAGGCUGAGGAGGAAUUCUGCAAGCAGGUGAGGUCAAGAGAUAUGUCUUUAGAAGAAGGGAAGGGCUCAGAGACUUACACGCCCAACACGGCUUACGGUAUGGACUUCCUGGUGCCAGUGAUGGGCUAUGUCUGCCGCGUCUGUCACAAGUUCUAUGACAGCAACUCAGGAUUGAGGUUCUCCCAUUGCAAGUCCCUGGCUCACUUUGAGAACCUGCAGAAAUACAAAGAAGCCAAGAACCCCAGCCUUGCUACCCGGCCUGGGAAUCGCAGGUGUGCGGUCAAUGCUCGCAAUGCCUUGACUGCGCUGUUCAGCUCUGGCAGUGGCCGCCAGCCCUGCCCCCAGGACACAGUGAAAAUACCCAGCCAGGUGAAGCCUGGAUCCCCCAGACCUCCUCUUCCCCUUCGGCGCUCAACUCGCCUUAAAACCUGAUGGAGGGAGCUCUGGCCACCCAACCUGAGUAAGGCCGGAUCUGCUAAUGCUUUCUAUGUAUGUGGAAAAUGUUCACGUGGUUGGGGUUUUUAAUUCAAAAUCCAAUAAAGAGUCAGUUGUUUGGCUGUGCA